AUGGAUACCACAUCCGCCCCUCUGGCCGAUUAUUUCUGGAUCGCCGGAAUCGAUUCACUUUCGUACAGCGAUCCGGUCUCGUGGUCCCAGAAUACCGCACAUCAGACAAACCUGCCAGUCAAUCCCCCCUCGCCGAGUUUCGAUGCCACGAUAGAGGAAGGAGGCGAGAGUGAAGGGGAUACUCCUACGACUUCACCGACGAGCAAGGAGAAUAGGACGCCGAGAGCUCAGGCAAGACAUUCGAGGCAGAAUUCCUGGAACCGGUUGAGCAAGCUCACGAACGACUCGAGGAAUUCGAUUGGCGCUCUCGAGGAGUUGGACAACACAUCACGCAGUAAUCGCAGCAGUAUCACAGUAAAAGGCGUGCCAGCUUCGAACGGGACCAAUGGGAGCUCAAAUGGAAACAGCAAUGGAGCGAGUGGCGGGUUACUGGGAGACUUCGAUUUCGAUAGCGCCUUGAUUAAAUUCGCACAUGAGAGAGAACACUUUCUGGACGAUCUGAGCUUUUCUGCUGGCGCUCCUCCUCAGAGGCCAAAUGGAUCUUCAGCUAUACGAUCUCCAACAGUGAAAAUAGCAGAUGUCGCAAAUGGUCAAUCCACUAAGAGGAAUCAGCUUAAGUCCGUUGGUGGGAGUAUUAGGAGGAGGAUCAGCUUUAGGGACAUGAACAGCAUGAAGAGACAGCCAACCACGACCCAGGCUAAACGUACAUCCUCCGUACGUACCUCGAAACGAAUGAGCAAUUACAACUCAGUUAUUCCACCGCCAGAACCUCUCAAUGCAGAUCCAGAAAUGCAUCCUCUGAAAAGACGAUUCGAGCCAGUCUUACUAGACAGAUACCCACCUAAAAGCGCUACGGACGAAUUGAAGCGGAGAGGUAGGUUCCCAGACUAUGUACCUAUGUUUGCGUUUCCGAAUGACAUCUUGAUUAUGUCUGGCGAUGAGCGGCCAAGAUCUACGUGGCAUGGGUUCACAAUGACUUCAGACGACAAUUCCAAAAUAUAUGGAAUUACCGUAAUUGUAUGGAUGCCUUUAAACCAGGACGCCGCUGCGGAUAUCGAAAGGCGAUGCGAGCUAUGGAGGCAGAAUCACAUGUCCGAUGAAGAAAGGGAACUAGCUGUAAGUCUUGGUGGAAGACUUGCUGGUGAGCGAGCAAAGUUGUCACAAUUAUUGGCAAAAUUGCCCAGCGUUGUAUCUGGAUCAGAUGCCAGAGAGGCUCUCGAAGACGAAAUUAGUGCUGUCGAAGAGAAAAUUGCCUUAAUGACUGAUAUGUUACGGCCUGUACGCCACGGAGCAGCUUCGAAAAUCGAUGGCUUGACUGACGGAGACACUGGAUUAUGGACACCAAGAGCGUAUGGUAUUCUUGGACGAGAUCCAAGUAUGACUAGCUUUUGGAAGGAAUGGUUAAGAGCUGUUGUUGUCCCAAUGACAGAUGGAGGAGUUCUUCGGAUUCCACCAAGCUCUCCUAAGAUUGGGAGAUGGCAGCCUUUGGAGAGAUAUGUGGUCAACUUAUGUACCGAGGCCUUGAGCCCUAUAUCUUCAAAAACCCAGGUCGAGCUUGCAGUCAGAGAAUUGCGAAUGUUUGCUCGGAAAGAGGCUGCUAACGAACUUCCCGAAUCGCGCAAUACAGACUUGUACGCACUCUUCAGAGCGCUCACAAUUCCCAACAUUGUGACUUUGUUCGAAUGCGCGUUAGCCGAAUCUAGGAUCAUUUUGCUAUCAUCUCACACAGCGAUGUUAUACUUGGCAAGCAAGGCUCUGGCGAGUUUACUGUAUCCCUUGAAGUGGGCAAGUAUCUUCAUUCCAGUCUUACCUGCACGAUUAAUUUCUGCCCUUGAGGCCCCUUGUCCAUAUAUUGUUGGUGUGGAAAGAAGAUAUGAGAAUCUGGAAUGGCCCGAGGAUGACGUUGUGCUGGUCGACCUGGACCAGGACGAUAUCAUGUUGAGUGCACCAGUCACAGAACUUCCACGACAACAGCGACGGAAACUUAUAUCACUCCUCCAGUUAGCAGCUCCUCAUCAUAAUCGAUGUGGAGUUCCUGUUGGUCCACCAGCAUAUGCCGUCGAAACCUUCCCCUACGAUGCCUUCUCAUCAGAAAAUGAGGCAAUCUUCACUCAAAAAGCUCAGCCAAGUUCAUUGUCAAAACACGUCACACAGCCAUCGGCAACUUUUGGAGACUCUGAUCAAUCGCAGGAAAAGAAGACACAAGUCUACAAUGCCUUCCUACAGUCAAAGAACGAUCAUACCAGGGUAGACCGUCCCUCCACGAGCAAGUCGAGUAGAACCAGUCCUCCCUCAUCGGUAUCACCAAUCUCAGGGAGCUUCCCGCCUAUGCCGACGACACCCACAUCUAGUCGUAAUGACUCUGGCUUUGCUCUUUCUGCCACACUUCGGGAAAAGAGGUCUGGUCAUUUCGAUGGAACGUCAAGACGAAGCUCUUCGUUUGGUGUUGACAGACAUCCAACUCUCCACCGGCCGACGAUGACGUUCUCUAAUGGUCAUCAACCUAGCUACUCCACAUCUGCCCUCUCGAUCGAUGCGAAAUCUAUGUAUGGAUAUGCACCAUCAUCAUACGCCGCUUCGACUCUCGCAGCGUCGACCAUUAUGCCCAAUAUGCUCAUGCAGCCGAUCCGAAACACCGAAACAACUUCUUGGAUCGAAGGACAUUGCAUGUCGUGGGCACGCAGUGAUAGCUCUUCCGUCUGUUCUAUUUGCGAUGAACGUUCCGACGGUGACGGGAUGUACCAAUGUACCAGUUGUACUACUUGUACACACGGACGUUGUAUUGGCCAGAUCUCCUUGGUGUGUCCUGCCGCGUUCCACCCGGAUCGUGUACGAGCAGCUUUCGUACGUUGUUUCUCGAGUCUAUUUUACACGUACCGAAAGUAUCUUGGACGGCCGACCAAGGAGCAGAAGAGUAACGGUCAGCUGUACGGUUUUGAUAUGAAUGGCUUCAUUCGAAGUUUGCCUGGCGAACAGCAGGAGUAUCUUACGAUGCUGAAACAGACACAAGCUUUUAACGAGUUCAUACACGAAAGAGAGACCACGGCUUCGAACGCGCCUCAGAUUCAGUUAUUUGAUGGCAUCAUCCUUGCCAAGAAAUCUAGAGGUAGCAGAGCAUUCUUCUCCUCCAAGUCGUCCAAGCCGUCGUUCAUAGAGGAUAUCUCCGACCAUCUUUGGAGAAGCGCGGCGGUUCCAUCGCCCAACUCCAAGUUCCCAGGUGAUUACAGAAGUGUCGUGUCUAGAAUACCAGCACAACUUGAUCCGACCCUGAUGAGAGAGCCGAGAAGUAUUCAAGGUGCUCCAAGAAUUGAUAUGCCCGGUAAGCGGGUUGGGAGAAAGGCUGUUCCUAGUAUGCUAGGAAUUGGUCGAGAUUGA